GCGCAGCUGAUGAAAGAUACUGAAAAAAAAGAAAAAGGUGUCUUGGACGUAGAACGUGUCGUUAUUCAAGUAUACAUACACCAAGUCAAGAAAUGAGCUGCACAAUUGAAAAAGCUCUUGCAGAUGCUAAAGCACUAGUUGAACGAUUAAGAGACCAUGACAAUGCAACAGAAUCUCUGAUUGAACAAACUACAGCUCUCAACAAGCGAGUAGAAGCAAUGAAACAGUAUCAAGAAGAAAUUCAAGAACUUAAUGAGGUUGCAAGGCACCGACCACGAUCUACAUUAGUUAUGGGAAUUCAGCAAGAAAACAGACAAAUCAGAGAAUUGCAGCAAGAAAAUAAAGAAUUACGCACAUCUCUUGAAGAACACCAGUCUGCUUUAGAACUCAUAAUGAGCAAGUACCGAGAGCAGAUGUUUAGGUUGCUAAUGGCCAGCAAAAAGGAUGACCCAGGUAUUAUAAUGAAGCUAAAGGAGCAACAUUCCAAGAUUGACAUGGUACACCGUCACAGCCCUGAAGGAAUCUUCCUUGGUGCACCUCGACGAAUCCUUGAAGGAACUCAACAUGGACUGGAGAGAAGGCACUUGGAAGCAAAUCUGAAUGAAUUACAAGUACAUGUGGACCAGAUUACAGAAAUGGCAGCAGUAAUGAGGAAAGCUAUUGAAAUUGAUGAGCAGCAGGGUUGCAAGGAGCAGGAACGAAUUUUUCAACUUGAACAAGAAAACAAAGGCUUGAGAGAAAUCCUUCAAAUAACACGAGAAUCAUUCCUGAGCCUCAAGAAAGACGAUGCAUCAGAGAGUACAUCUUUGUCAGCAUUGGUAACCAGCAGCGAUUUGAGCCUGAGGAAGAGCUAAAGAACAUGGAAAAUCACUGAGCUUCUGUUGCACAGCUCCUAAUAAGGAAACAGGGUUUACUUAAAAAAUUGUUAAUGAAUUGAGCACCAGAAAAAUCACAAUCUUAAAUCAGCCCUUCAUUUCAUUCUUUUUAUAUUAUGUGUAGUACACUGGCAAAUGACAUUUUAAAAAGACAGUAACAGAAGAUCAAUAUUUGGUUGUCAUUGACUUUGUUAUUCCUAUUAAAGUUUUUAAUGGGAAAGUGGAAACUUUAAGCCAUUGUUAUUAGAUAAAUUAAAGUUCUCAUAUAAAGAAACUACUGAUCUUACUAGGCCCCUGCUACGCUAUUUUUCUUAACUUUUUUUAUCCAAAUAUUAAAUAUAUAUAAAGCUCUACAUAGAAUUUAUGCAGUUAUACCAUUUUUAAAAAUCCACAUUUUCUUAGCUUGGACUUAGAGAAAAGGAAAUGUGUCCAUUCCUAAAUUUGAUCUCUAUUUGAUAUGAAGGCUAGCAAAUGGUAUUAUGUUUUACAUGUACUGGGCCUACCUUUACAUUUCUUAGGAAACGCCUUUCAAAGAUGUCAAGCUUAUCCAAAACAUUUAAAAGAUUGAUAACACUUUGGUUUUGUGGCAUAGGCCAUAAAUUGUUUGUUCUUCAAGCCUAGAUCCUAAGAGGUGCUUUUGUUUUAGCCAGCAACAUACCAUAGUUGAUCAUAACAUUUUGGGGAAUAACUGCCCAAAACUUACUGAAGGUGAAGAAAUGUAGAAACUAUCUUUUCAGUAAUGAAAAAGAAAGCUAUACUACUUUCUGAGAAAGAAAACCAUAUAGAAGACAAGAUUAUUCAGUAGGUUGAACUACUACUUUAGAGGGGGAAGGGUUAGGUUUGGAUUCCUGAAUAAAUAUUAAUUUGGUCAGAUUUGUUUUCUGGUUGAUUUUAGGAAUAUUAAUCUAUCCAUUACCCAGCUGUCUCAGUUGGAAGGCCUGAUUUAGCAAGCCAGGAAUAGAGACAUUUGAAGUGGGCAAAAAAAAAACAAAACAAAACAAUGUAUUUAUUUUAG